GAUUAGAGGAAGCAGUAAUAUUUGUCUCAACUCAGCAACUCAGAAGGACUUGUACUGUGUCGGAUUAUUUGCCAUUUUAUACGGAGAUUACAGAUCUUUAUUGACACAGCGGGCUUUGUUUCGCCACCGCUUACUCCAUGAUGAUGGAAAUGGAGGUGCUGCAUCAGAGUCAACAGGACAUGGACCUGAUUGACAUCCUGUGGAAACAAGACAUAGAUCUGGGUGCAAGGCGUGAGGUGUUUGACUACAACCAUCGUCAGAAAGAAUGUGAGCUUCAGAGACAGCGUGAACUGGAGGAGCAGAAAAGGCAGCAUCUGCUCCAGGAGCAGAAGAAGGCCUUACUGGCACAGCUCCAGCUCGAUGAGGAGACCGGAGAAUACAUCCCCCGCCAGGCGCCCAGUGCCUCACUGCAGGCGACCGGCACACCUCUGGAGGUUACACAGAAUCUCAACUUCAUUGAAGAAAAUAAUGAUACCAUUUCAUUUGAUGAAUGCUUACAACUGCUGGCAGAGACAUUUCCUGUAGAGGAAACUGGGAACACUUCUGUGAUGACUCCAGAGCAGCCAUCUCUGCUGCCCACCACACCUGCCCCUGUCCAACAACCUCCACAUAGCAUGUCCACACCUUCCCCUGCUCAACAGGCACCACACACGAUGUCCACAGAUUUGGAGCAGGCAUGGAUGGAGCUUUUGUCUCUCCCAGAGCUGCAGCAAUGCAUGCACAUGCAAAUGGAGGACACAUUGGAGACUACCAUUUAUCCAAACUCAGAAGUGCAGAAUCCAAACUAUCCUUACUACCCUGUGCCAGAGAACACCAACAAUACUGGUGCUACUGGAUAUCUCAGCUCUUUUAACACAGUCACACCCAAUGUCCUUCCUUCUGACAAUCAGAGCCAAGUGGAUGCUCCAGCUAACUAUACUGCUGAAGCUGAAGACUUCUGUGACCUGUUUUACCCAGAAAAUGUGGCUGUUGAGAGCAGUGGUUGUGAUGAAUAUGAGGGCAGCGUCAUGUCUGGGGUACCAAAUAAUUCACCAUUCACUCCAAUGGAUCUGUAUAGCCUCUCACCAGGAGAAGCUUUUGACAGAGACAAACCAGGCCUCACUGUGGAAAUGCCAGAUUCUGAUUCAGGAAUAUCAAAUGCAAGUCCAAACCCAAGUCCAAAUGCAAGUUCACCAGAUAAAUCAGUCUACGAUGGCUAUGGAUACAGUGAUUCAGACAUGGAUGAGAUAGACCACAACCCUGGAAGUGCACAAUCUGACUACUCUGAGAUGUUUUCAUUAAAUUUUACACCAGAUGACUUGCCAGGUACAUCAAUUUCCAUAUCAACAGAUCAAUCAUCAAAACAGCAUGAAAAGACUCUAAAAAAGCAGAGGACCAAGCUAGCAGAGGAAAGUGGUCACAACAGAGGUCCCUUUACAAAGGACAAGUUGAAGAAGCGCUCUGAUGUGCGUCUCACAAGAGACGAACAGAGGGCCAAGGCCCUCAAAAUCCCUUUCACAGUCGACAUGAUAAUCAAUUUACCUGUGGAUGACUUUAAUGAGCUCAUGUCAAAGCACCAACUCAAUGAGGCCCAGCUGGCCCUGGUCCGUGAUAUUCGCCGCCGUGGCAAGAACAAGGUAGCUGCCCAAAAUUGUCGAAAGCGCAAAAUGGAAAACAUAGUGGGUUUGGAGAGUGAUCUGGAUUCUCUAAAAGAUGAAAAGGAGCGGUUGCUCAGUGAAAAGAACAAAAACCUGAUGAAUCUGAAGGAAAUGAAAAAGCAGCUCAACAGCCUUUACUUGGAGGUCUUCAGUUUACUGAAAGAUGAAAAGGGGAACGGUUACUCUCCCUCUGACUACUCACUGCAGCAGUCCACUGAUGGCAGCGUCUUUCUUGUUCCUCGCAUUAAAAAGACUUUUGUUAAGAGUGAAAACCACUGAUCUCUUAUAAGUAACAUGGUACUGCUUUGACUUUGAAACACUAUGCAAUAACUUUGUAGAUGUGCAGCUUAAGAUACCUGUAUUUUAGCAGAAGUACUGUAUUCCUUGCUUUGUGUGUGGUUUCUGCUCAUUCUUAAAAUGUUGUAAUAUUUUAACAUUACUAUUUUAUAUCUCUGAUACCGCUUUUUGUAUACAAUAUUACUUGCUUUUGAGACAGAUUGUGAGUUAUUCUACUGUAUAUACUGUGUAUAUAUUUCUGUGUGCAUUCAAUCAAUGUUAGAAAUGAUUUGCCUUUUUUAAAGUCUGAAUUAUUUUCAAUAAACUAGUGUUAUACUGCUA